AUGAAGCACCGCUCCCUAAGUCAGGAAGGUCAGAAAAGGAAAUGGCAACCCCCUCCAGGAUUCUUGCCUGUGAAAUCCCAUGGACAGAGGCACCUGGAGGGCUACAAUCCAUGGGGUCGCGAAAGAGUCGGACACGACGUAGCGAUAAACAACAGCCCUGUAAUCAUACAACUCGGUUCAGAGAACUUUCGAGCUAAAGGGGUUACUCAUUUAUUUAUUGACCCAGCAGAUGUUUAUAAAAUGCAUACUCUGUGGCAAACAGGGAUCUGGGGUGCUGGAAAUAUAAAAGGUAUAAAUUCAGGAAAAAUAGCAUGGUUCUUUUGA